AUGAGCUAUAAUCAUUCCUAUACGAAAUGGGCUACGUUUGACGUCGAGAAGGAGCUCAAGCGUGUGGAUGAGGUGGAAGAGCGUGAGAUACAACAGAAACAGCAACAAAAGCAGAUUCAAGUCAAGGAAAGUAUUGAACGCUCCGUGGCACAUGCGGCAGAGCAAUCAGCUGCUAUCUUUGCAGCUCAAGCUGCAGUAGCAGCUCUAAAGGCAAAGAAUACCAAGACACGCAAGGGAAAAGCAGUGAAUCAGGAGAUUGUAGCGAUAGUAGACGACGUGGAGAUUGAAAAGGCGGCGACAUUACAGACGCGGGCGAAUGUUUUUGCCUUGAAACACGAACUAUUGCAACGGAUUCUGGAAAAUCGUCGACUUGGAGACAGCAUUGUGACUCAAGAGCAAACGAAUUGGCACGAGGCAAAGCGAUUGUAUCAAAAUGCAUUAGAUGCUACAAAAAAGCUUGAAGAAGUAGUACCAGUACUGCUACAAAUGGAGGAAGAGCAAGAUCAAUUACUUGGAGCUACGACAGCGUUACAGGAAAUCAAGUGUCCUGUGUCUGGACAGAAGAGAGGGUUUAAGUGUCGUAACAAGGGCCAUGAAAGUGGGAGUCGUGAUGACAAACAAGCGUGCAAAAAGUCAGAGGAGAUACUGCCCAAAGCUAAUGACCUCGUGGCUAUUAUUACAAUGUUUUACAAGGACAUCUACGUAGGAAUUGGGACGUGUGAUUUCAAAGAAGAAAGAUUUGCCGAGGCUACUGAAGCAUUCAAGGAGGUACUCCUAAGAGAUGAUGGGCAUUUGACAUCAUGGCUCAAGCGAGGUGAAGCAUUUGAAAAAAUGGAUGCUCCAUUGCUAGCUAUGUUGCAUUAUAAUAGGAUUACAAACUUGGAUGCAAAACAUGAAAUGGGAAGCAAGGCUUUGGCACGAGUCAAGACUAAACUACUUGUUGAAGGUGAAGCUCCUAACGGAGACAAUAACAAGUUUAAGAGUGCGAUAUCUGCAUGCACGGAAGGAAGGACAUUGAAGGAGGUGCUUGAACGAGUUCAGUUGGUGUUUCAAGAGGCCUGUGUGUUAGCUGUCGAGAGCUUCUUCUACUACUCGACGACACGAUUUCAAGUUGUGUUAGGAUGUCUGGAAGCAUUGCGAACACGGCCAGAGGUUACGAACAAGGACGUUGUUUUGCCUGCUCUUCGAGACCUUGAGAUAUCAUGCCACUUGAAUAUCGCGAGCGGUUGUCUCGAAAUGCAGCGGAACUACGCGAUGGGGAUAACCCAUUGUCAGCAAGUUUUUCUGUUGGACAGCAACUCUGUGAUUGCGUACUUUCGCAUGGGUCAGCUGUACCACGCGCUGCACAACUACAAAAAGGCUCUCGAAUGUUACGAAAUGGCAAAAGUUGUGCUUCCUGUUACUGUCUCCGGGGUGACUGAAGGAAGACACGAGAAAAUGCUCAGUACGAUUGUGAAAGCGACGGACAAAUGCGAGUUUGACCGCAAUCAAUACGAUAUCGAUUAUCUCCAGUCUCUUGCAGCUAAAAAGUCUGUUGAUCAAUAG